UUGUCGUUUCGUUGCGCAGAGUCUCGUGUGGAAGUGCAGAGGAAAAAAUAAACAAAAGCAUAAAGCGCUCGCUAUUCAAAUUGAACGCUACUUAUUCGCUGCGUUUGGAUUUCAAUUUAUUUGUAUUCCCAUUUAACUGUUUGCAACUGUUUUGAGAUUGGUGAAAGCGAAUCGACAAUCGUAAUUAUUCACAAAACAUUUGACAAAAUGCUGAAAUUGUCCACUUGCUGUUGUUUGAUGCUGGCACUGGCUCACAUUGCGUAUGCGCAACAUCAGGAUUAUACAACGCCCGUGCCCAUAUUGAAACAGAUCGAUAAGCACAACGACGACGGAUCCUACACCUAUGGCUACGAGGCCGCCGAUAAGAGUUUUAAGAUCGAAACAAAGUAUCCCAAUGGCGAGGUCUAUGGCAAGUAUGGCUAUGUGGACGAUCAGGGCAAGGUGCGUGAGAUCGAAUACGGCGCCAGCAAGCGAGGCUUUGAGCCAGCUGGCAGUCAUAUCAAUGUGCCGCCGCCAACGCUGACCAAUAGCAAUCCGUAUCCAUUGGGUCCCAAUGAGUUGGACGAUGGCCAGUAUCGCGAAGAUCCCGCUGUCUAUUAUAAGGAUCAGAAGUUCAAUCGUCCGGCAGUUGCGGCCAGCAAGUUCAGCUUGAACGACUUUGGUCAACGCCAUCAGCAGCAGCCGCAGUAUGCACCAGCUCCAGCUCCGGCUCCAGCUCGUCCCUACUACAAUCCCACGCCACAAUAUUACAAUCCUCCAGCGCCCCAGCCACGUUAUUAUCAACCACCAGCGCAGCAGUCAUAUUAUGCGCCUCAGCAACAGCAGCCUUAUAAUGGACAGCCGGAGCAACAUCAUCCGGCGUUGCGUAAUCUGAACAUCUACACGGGCUCCUAUAGCAUCGACUAUACGGGCAGAAAGUAAUGGGGCAAUUUGUCUGUUGCUCAGAGAGUUAGCCACUAGCCUAAGCGACUGAUGUCCGAGGACACAAUGUCACAAUCUUUGUUACUGCCAAAUAAAUCAGUCACUCCCGAUAUCAGAUAUACAUAUAUGAAAUCUAUCUAUGUCUGUUUAAAUAUGUAUGUGUAUGUAUUGUGUUUAAUAUACGAAUAUAAUGUUGAAAGAAUACUCAAUAAAAACUGGGGAAAUAACCAACGAUGAGAUCAAA